ACACAGCUGCCAAUCAGAAAAUUACAUAUGAGACGAGCUCAAAGCAAAGCUAUCAUAUAAAUAAGGAUUUUUACAACAUGCUUCCUGAGGAUUUUCCCUGGAGUGGACGUACUCUCAGUAACUGUGCUGUGGUUGGGAGUGGAGGGAUUCUGAAGAACAGUAGCUGUGGAAGAGAGAUCGACACUGCAGACUUUGUUAUCAGGUUUAACAUGGCUCCCGUUAAUGACAGUGAUGUUGGGCUAAAGACUGAUUUAGUUACCAUUAAUCCCACUCAGCUCUUACGCUACAAAAAUUUGAAGUCUAACCCAGGUCCAUUAGUGGAGCGUGUGAGUGUGUAUGGAAACUCCUUACUGAUCAUUUCAGCGUUUACAUAUUCACCCUACACUCGGCUAUCCGUCAAUGCGUUCAAAGUGCUCCAGCCAAUCAGACCCCAACAACAGAUGGUCUUCUUUUCCUCCAGUUACAUGAAGAACCUGGGUGAUUUCUGGAAGAGGCAGGGCCUGAAACCCAUUCGCCUCUCCAGCGGGUUCAGGUUAAUUAAUGUGGCACUAGAGCUGUGUGACCACGUGCACGUUUAUGGAUUUUGGCCAUUUGAUACCAAUCUGGAGCAGCAGGAACUUACACAUCACUAUUUCGACAAUGUAGGACCCAAACGUGGUGUUCACGCAAUGCCAAAAGAGUUUCUCAACUUACUGAAGCUUCACAGCCAGGGGGCGCUAACACUGCACCUACAGCCCUGCUUAUAACAGAGGUUCUCCUGUUGCUAUUUAAUGGUUGGUUGGUGAGGGGGGUAGCUGUGAAUGUUUUUGACCUUUGGUCUG